AUGAGAAAUGAGGUAGAUAGUGAUUCUGAAUCAGAAAAAGAGAAUGAUGCCUCGACCAUGAGAAGAAAGCCUGGAAGUACCCUUGAUGUUCCAGUGGUCUCUUACCUUGAAAUCCCAUUGUCCGUACAGACAGUCAUCUCUAGGAUUGAAAAAGCACAGCUCAUACGAGCCAAAGAGGAAAUUAAUAUGCAGCUGACUGACAUACUGAACAAUGUGCAACGGAUAAUAACCAGAUAUACUCCUGAUGAUCUUACCUCACUAACUGAAAGGAGGAAGUCUCUCAUAGAAUAUAAGAGAAAAAGAAGAACCGAAGUUUUGGAGAAAGUGGCUUCUUAUUCUAAGGGUAUUGAAGUCAGAGAAAAAACCCUUACCCACAUUCUGGCCUGGUUGGAAGAAUGGAGUGGCAUUUUGUCUGAGAUAACUGCAAUGGAUAUUGAUGAACAUCACCACUGGAUAGCACAAAUGCAGAUGUUACCAGAAAUGCUAAAAGCAAUUGAGAACAAUGUCAAGACACUGUAUAGAAUGGGUAUAAUUUUUCUUGAAGAAAGGAGGAAACAAAAGACUAGAACACAAUCUAGAAGUACUCUGUGGAAAUCUUGGAAAGACAGAGUUGUAAAACGACCUGCCACAGCCCAUGCCUUAAAACCAGAUCAGAUGAUUAGCGAUCAAUUUGCAACAAAUACGAAGGUUUCAGAAAUUCAAGAUAUGCUACAGGAACUCAUAGGCACAACAAUGUUCAAUAAAUUGGAAAACAGUGCUAUUAAAUAUAUAUCAUCAACAAUAGUCAACCUUUCUAAAGCCUUGUGUAUACUAAGUGACAAUUUAAAGGCUGCUAUUGACUUCCCAGUUGGCAGUAUAUACGAAAAUGAAACAAGAGAAGCAGAAAAAGAGCGCUCUCAGAAAAUAAUAUACAGUCUCAGUGAACAAAAUGAAAUGCUUCAGCAGAGACUUAAAGAUAUAGAAGAAAAAUUUGAACAACUUAUUAAAUCCAAAGCUAUUAUUGGACAACAACUGUACACAUCAUUGUCCACAUCUUCAACCUUAAAAGUAUUAUCUGAACAGUCAUCCACGACCAAAGCUGAUGACAUAGAGGACACUGUGGACAGUAUUUUAAGCAAAGAAUUUGAAAAUAUUUUAGAUGAAUCCCAAAGAAAAGGAACCAAAGGCACUGGGAAAAAGUGGGAGGCAGCUCUUUCACAUACAGCCCAAGCUGAAGCAACCCCAGAGCUAAGUGAACAGCCUGAUGAAGAUACUACUGGAGAUGAUAUAUCACUGAAGAAAGGUGAUGACCAUCAAAAAGAUGAAACUGACUAUCAUGAAUCACAGAAAAGAAGGUAUUCACAUGAGGCCUCUGAAAUAAAUCUGAUUGAUGGUAAAGGUGAACAGAAAGUCUCAGAGGACAAACUUCGUCAACGAUUUGAGCUAGAAGCACUGGAAAAAAAGAAAAAAGAAAGAAAAUCCUUUUCUCAAGGCAAAUCAAAGCCRUCUGUUGAAACAAAAAGCAAACAUUUCUCUUCUACUGAAACAAAUAGCCAAGGUGACAGAAGUGGAACAAGGAGUACAGGGGAACAAUUCAGAAAGGUCAGACCUGAACAAGAACUUGAAAAAGGCCCAAUUGCCUCAGAGAUAAAAUCAUACUCCUCUAGUGAGUCAGUGGGCAAAGAGAUCAAAAGCAAAAUGAGUAGAUCAACAGAGGCAAUCCAGUUUAAGAGUGAUUUCACCUCUGAGCCCCAGAAAGUUGAAAAAAAGGGAAAGAAACACCAAAUCCUUCCAGGACGGACCACAAGCAAAGAAGGAAUAAUAGAAGAGAAAGAACUGUUAUCCUUUAUCAAACAAACCCAGGCUCAACUACUUGUUAGAUCACACUCAAAGGUCAAGAUGGCUAAAGAGGAUUUAGGAAGUCCAGAUGGCAAAAGCGAACAGGAUAAUCUAGAAUUAUUUCAAAAAGCCAUACUGGCUUUCCUAAAAGAGAAAAUUGAUAACAUAGGAAAGUCUUUUCGUACAGAGAGURUGCUAAAGGAGGAGAAAUUAUUAAAAAAAGAAGAAGUUGAAAAGUUAGGAGUUAUAAAGGCAAAAACAGAGGAAUAUUUCCAAAAAGUGGCUGAAACUGUGAUUAAAAUCUUGAGGAAAUACAAAAAUAUAAAAACUAAAGGACAAGUUGAAGAGAAAUCUUUGAAACAAAAAAAGAUUGUCUCAUUUAUGCCAGAUUUUCAGAAGUCAAAACCUGAAAUUAGCUCAAUUCUUGAAAAUGAGAGCACAGACCCAAUAAUUAACAAUUUAAUACAAAUGAUAUUGACUGAAUUAGAAAGAGAUGUUCCAACAAUCUUGGAAGGAGAAGACUACAAGGAGAAAGAAAAAAAGAAGCAGAAGGAAUAUUUGCCAGAAGAUCAAGAAAGAAUAUCCAGCAUGUAUGAGCUGCAGAAGCYGAAACAGGAAGAAGAGGUAGGGAAAGAACGAAAAAAACAGAGGACUCAAAAGAGGAUUGAGCAAGAUGGGAAAGCAAAUCAAAGGAAAAGGGACAAAGAAGUGCAGCAGCAAUCCAAACAGCAGCAGUCGGAAGCAUGGAAGAAAACGAUGAAAGAGCGAACGGUGCCCUUGGAGAAGAAGAGUGAAGAGAUGAUGGGGCAGAUUCAAGAUCUGGUAAUUACAGGGGAGAAAGACAAGAAGCAGAGCAGAGGGACAGAAGACUUCAAAAGGCAGAGGCAGUUCAAAGAAAAGGAUAAGACUGAGAAGAAAAAAUCUGUAGAACCAACAGAAAUGGCCAUCCAAAGACCAGUGACAUAUUCCAGGAGGAGGAGAACAUUGAAACAAGAAUCUCAGCUAUAUGAAGAACAAAAGAUCCAAAAGAAUCUUGAGACAGUAGAGAGUCUUCCUGCAGGACAGAGUCCCAUACCAGUCACUCCUCCCACUUCAACACGGUCCUCCCUAACCAGCACCCUUCCUGCUUCUGAAGAGUCUCUCACAGAGUACAUCACUCUCAGUCCUGAGCAAGCACAGGCACUAGGGAUAACUCUCACCCCUGAGCAAGCCCAAGCCCAAGGGAUCACUCUCACCUCUGAGCAGGCACUGGCACUGGGCAUCACUCUGACUCGAGAGCAGGCCCAGAUCCAGGGGAUCAUUCUCACCCCUAAACAGGCCCAAGCACAAAGGAUCACUCUCACCUCUCAGCAGGCCCACACAMAGGGGAUCACCCUCACCCCUGAGCAGGCCCAGGCCACGGGGAUCACUCUCACCCCUCGGCAGGCACAGGCCAAGGGGAUCACUCUCACCCCUCAGCAGGCCCAGGCACUGGGGAUCACUCUCAUCCCUGAGCAGGCCCAGGCCAAGGGGAUCACUCUCACCCCUCAGCAGGCCCAUGCUAAGGCGACCACUCUCACCCCUCAGCAGUCCCAGGCACGGGGGAUCACUCUCACCCCUUAUCAGGCCCAGGCACUGGGGAUCACUCUCACCCCUGAGCAGGCCCAGGCCAAGGGGAUCACUCUCACCCCUGAGCAGGCCCGUGCACUGGGGAUCACUCUCACCCCUGAGCAGGCCCAGGCCAAGGGGAUCACUCUCACCCCUGAGCAGGCCCGUGCACUGGGGAUCACUCUAGCCCCUGAAGAGGCCCAGACACAAGGGAUCACUCUCACCCCUGAGCAGGCCCAGGCACAGGGGAUCACUCUCACCCCUGAGCAGUUCCAGGCCCAAGGGAUCACUCUCACCCCUCAGCAGGCCCAGGCACAGGGGAUCAUUCUCACCCCUCAGCAGAUUCAGGCCCAGAGUAUCACUCUCACCCCUCAGCAGGCACAGGCCAAGGGGAUCAAUCUUACCCCUGAGCAGGCCCAGGACUUGGGGAUCACUCUGACCCCUCAACUGUCCCAGGCACUGGGGAUCACACUCACCCCUGAGGAGGCCCAGGCCCAGGGUAUUACUCUUACCCCUCAACAGGCCCAGGCCCAGGAGUUCACUCUCACCCCUCAGCAGGCCCAGCAACUGGGAAUCACUCUCACCCCUGAGCAGGCCCAGGAACUAGGAAUCACACUCACCCCUCAGCAGGCCCAGGCACAGGAGAUCACUCUUACUCCUGAGCAGGCCCAGGCUGAGGGGGUCUCUCUCACCCCUCAACAGGCCCAGGACUUGGGGCUCACUCUGACUCCUCAACUGGCCCUGACCCAGGCCCAGGCCCAGGGGAUCACUCUCACCCCUCAGCAGGCCCAGGCUCAGGGGAUCACUCUCACCCCUCAGCAGGCCCAGGCCAAGGGUAUCACUCUCACCCCUCAGCAGGCACAGACACUGGGAAUCACUCUCACCCCUCAGCAGGUCCAAGCACAGGGAAUCACUCUCACCCCUCAGCAGGCCCAGGCAUUGGGGAUCACAAUUGCCUCUGAGAAGGCCCAGGCCCAGGGGAUCACUCUCACCCCUGAGCAGGUACAGAUACUAGGGAUCACUCUCACCUCUCAGCACGCCCAGGUCCAGGGGAUCAAUCUCACCCCUCAGCAGGCCCAAGACUUGGGGUUCACUCUCACCCUGCAGCAAGCCCUGGCACAGGGGAUCACUCUCAGCCCUCAGCAGGCCCAGGACUUGGGGUUCACUCUUACCCCUGAGGAGGCUCAGGCACAGGGGAUCACUCUCACCCCUCAGCAGGCCCAAGACUUGGGGUUCACUCCCACCCCUCAGCAACCGCUGGCACAGGGGAUCACUCUCACCCCUCAGCAAGCCCCAGAUCUGGGUAUCCGUCUCACCCCUCAAAAGACACAGGACCUGGGGAUUACUCUUACCCCUCAGCAGGCCCAGGCACAGAGGGUCCCUCUCACUCCACAGCAGGCACAGGACCUGGGGAUUAGUUUUAACCUUCAGCAGGCCCAUGCUCAAACUGUCACUCUUUCCCCUCAAUCAGCCCAGGUAUUUGGUGCCACUCUCACUCCUGAGCAGGUUCAGGCAUUGCUGCCCCCUCUCCCUUCUGAUCAGGGAGUAGGCAUCACCCAUACCCCCACUAUCACUCCAGAAAAGUUUCAAGGGGCAUCAAACAUUAUUAGCCUGGAGCAGUUCCAUGCAUUGAGAGUCACUCCCUCCUUCCAGCAGGCCCAGGCACUUGGCACUCCUCUCACCCUGGAAAAGCUCUCCACAUUGGCUCCUUCCACUCUUAGACCAUUUYAUGAAUUGAAGACUUCUUUCCCCACUAAACAAUCCAUUCCAUCAAGACUAUCUCCAAGCCCUGGUAGUCCUAGGAAAGGCCAAGGAAUGCAYAUUCCUUCUGGCCUAGGAAAGCUCUUGGCACCACAAAUCUUUCCUACCUUUAGACAGAUUCUGGUAGGUCAAUUCAUUCCUGCACAGUCUGCAGCACCAGAGAUCUCUCCUAAUCUUGGGCAACUCMCAAUAUCUUGGGUCCCUCCCAUUCCAGGACAGCCCCUUGAACAGGAGGCCCUUAGUUCUAGGCAGUUCUUCAUAUCUAGGGGCCUUCCGACUCCCCGGCCACCUCUGAUACUGCAGACCCCUGUCACUCCCAGGCAACCUCUUAUAUCAAGACUCCCAUCCACCUUUGGACAGAUCCCCAAACUCCGGGGUCCUCUAUCUCCUGGAAAGCCCUUGGUUCCUGAAGCCUCUUCCAUCCCCAGGGAGCUUCAGGAAUCUGGACCCAGCUUUUUGGAGCAGCCCCAGGCACUCCGGCCUUCUGCCACCCCUGAGCCCUCUCCCUAUCUGCAGACCUCUUCUCUCUUUGGGCAGCAACUGGCACCAUGGAUUAUUCCCGGGCAAGUUUCAUCACUAUGGGUCCCUUCCACUCCCAGACAUCCUUCCACAUUCUGGCCUCCCACAGCCCCUGAAAAGCCCCAGGGAGUUUUGUCCUCUUCUGUUGCUCAGAAAAGAUUAGCAAUUAUUUCUUCUUUGAAAUCUAAACCAGCUUUGGUUCAUCCAAGUGCUCCAGAUUCUAAGGUAUCUCAAGCUCCUUUCACCACUAAGAAGGCCCAAAUAUCAGAGGUCUCUGACACUUCUGAAGAAACCAAGAUGCUCCAAGAUACUUCUGCCAUGGGACCAUUUGAAACAUUUCAGUCCCAUCUCACCAAUUAUAGGAUACCAAUAUUGCAAACCCCUCACAUUGAUGGGCAGGCCCUUCCACCUCUCAUGAAACCUCAAAUGUCACUACCUUCUCUAAUAACUCAACUACCCAAAAUAUCACAGAUCUUACCUGCUCAAUGGGACCAGAAAUCUCGAUUCCCUCCUAUAGACAAACCCUGGAUUCUGCCUUCAGUUUUAGGCAUCAAGAAACCAAAGGUGACAGUGCCCCCUUCCUCUCCCCAAGAACUUGAAGAAAAGAGAUAUUUUGUUGAUGUAGAGGCUCAGAGGAAGAAUCUCAUACUAUUAAAUCAGGCCUCAAAAACUUCUGGACUCCCUUCGCAGCAACAUACAACGGCUAGGAAUCUCAUAAUUGAGACACUUCAUAUGAACAAUAUUCGGCUGGGAUACCUGUUCCGCAAGUACAUUGCCUAUAGCCUGAUCCAGCAUGCCAGGAACAAGCUCCAAGAGAAGUAUAAAUUGAAUCUUAGUCUCCCUAUCCACUUGAUCAUUGACAAAAAUCAAAUACCUACAUCUACUGAAUUUAGCCAACAGCCAUUCCUAGAGUUACUAUUUGAAGAGGAAAAAAAGUCUGAUGCUUUCAAGAAAUUUAGGUCUAAGAAGAUUCCCAAACACGUGUAA